AAAGGGGGCGGGGCCAAAGCAACUUCCGGAUUCGCAGACAGACAGUAUAAAUACGAAGCUGCGCAGUUUCGGGUUUAGAGAUUUUUUAAGCAGGAGAUUAGACUCGGGUAAGAACUAAAACUGUCCUGAGAUCCUGUGAAGACCAUAACUGUCGCUGGUAUUUCCGUCCCCUGUGCUGAAGCAUGCCGUUUCUGGGGCAGGACUGGCGCUCUCCUGGACAGAGCUGGGUGAAAACAGAAGAGGGCUGGAAAAGAACGACGAGAGACGAAAACGAGGCGAAUAAUAACGUUUCUAAGAGUCAUGAAAGCAACCAGGAGGGCUAUAACAAAGAAAAUUUGCUCCUCUCUAUAAAUUAUGAUGUGGCCUCCAAGAAGAGAAAGAAGGAUCUGCUGAACAACAACAGUAAAGUUCCUUAUUUCCACAAAGACAAGUGGAUUUACGUGCACAAAGGAAGCACCAAGGAGCGGCAUGGAUACUGCACUUUGGGAGAAGCUUUUAAUCGUCUGGACUUCUGCAGUGCCAUCAAGGACACCAGACGAUUUAAUUAUGUUGUCAGGCUACUUGAGCUGAUUGCCAAGUCACAGCUACCGUCUCUGAGCGGCGUGGCGCAGAAGAACUACAUGAACAUUCUAGAAAGAGUGGUGCAGAAAGUUCUGGAGGAUCAACAGAAUGUGAGGCCCAUCAAAGAGCUGCUGCAGACACUGUAUGUGUCACUUUGCAGUCUGGUGCAGGACAUGGGCAAGUCUGUGCUGGUGGGAAACAUUAAUAUCUGGGUGCACCGCAUGGAAAACAUCCUGCAGUGGCAGCAACAGCUGGACAACAUUCAGAUUAACAGGCCGACAAACACUGGGAUGACUCUUCUGGAUUUACCCAUCAGUCUUCAGUUUAACAUUAUGCAGCGGCUCUCGGACGGGCGGGACUUGGUCAGUCUGGGGCAGGUGUGUCCUGACCUCUGUGUACUGACUGAAGACAGGUUGCUGUGGAAGAACCUCUGUCAGUACCACUUCACAGACCGACAGAUUCGCAGGCGACUCAUGGUAUCCGAUAAGGGGCAGAUCGAAUGGAAAAAGAUGUAUUUCAAGCUGUGCCGAUGCUACCCUCACAAGGAGCAGUACAGCGACACCUUGCAGUUUUGCACACACUGCCACAUCCUGUUCUGGAAGGAUACAAAGCAUCCCUGCACAGCCAACAAUCCAGAGAGCUGCAGCAUUUCCAUCUCUCCACAGGGUUUCAUCCAGCUCUUUAAGUUCUGAAGGGACUUUUUUUUCCUGAACGGUUUCCUCCGUUUGUAUAUAGUGUAUAUAAAGUCAAAAGUGCAAUAGAUGGUGUGAGAAAGGCAACUCAACGUGUCUACAGAAGUCGGAGUGAGAAAUUUGGAAUUUAUUUAAUUUUUGAGUUUGGAAUUUUCAAACAAACCAAAAAAAAAAGCGAAAAGAAAAAUACAAAGAGGAAAUAGGAAAAGAAGAAAAAUACCAGAAUGUAAAAAAAAGUUCCGUUUAUAGAUAUCGGGUAUUAACGUACUUUGGUUAGGUGCGAAUCUGUUUACUCCAAAGAUGAACGUGCUUUGCUUGGUGCAAGCGGAUUGCCCUCAUGCUGCAAUAACUCUAUCAUUUUGAAAAUGUUCUAAAACCGGGACAUAUGAACGUUCGUCGAACGCGUGCUUAAGUUUUUUGAAGAAAGAGAGAGAAACGGUAUGUCUGUCACUAUGGUGUGCAAUACUUUUUCUAUGGAACUUUUUUCCACUUUUAUAUGUUUUGAUAUUUUGCUGGUUUAAAUGUAUUCGCCGAAGUAAACGCGAUACGAGUAAACACUUGACCUGUUACAACACUUAACUAUGGGCGGAAUCGACCAUAAUCGAUAGUCACUGCUAUUUAACGAGUAGUAAACACGCACUGAAAUGUUUUCUCAUCGUUGUUAAACACAUUAAGGCGUUGCCUUUUUGUGCAUACCGACAGGAGAAACAUUAGUGAGCUAUGCAUUUAUUUGUAGCAGACUUUUGUUUUUGCCAUUCGGAAUGUUCACUACCACAUGCAUGGUAUGAAUUUGAUACCAAAGAGCUGCUUAUUUAUUUGAUUCUGUGCCGUACUAUGUUAUUCUGACCAGGAACAUAGAGGCGCACUCUUUUUUUUUUUUUUUUUUAAUGCAGUAUCCCACUUGUGUUCAGUUAUGCAAACAUUGAUACUUGUGAAGAGCAAGCCAAAAAACACGCUGCUCCCAAUGGGUGAAAAUAAACCAUGGUCUUUUAUUGCUGUGUAGUGUCUAUUUUACUGCCAUCUGGUGGGAUCAUUUGUUCUAAUCACAGAAAUACAACUUGCCAAGGCAGUUAGAAUUAAGUGGUCCGUUUUCUUAAAGGCUUUGCAAAAGUAAAAUACUGCUACUUAUAAUAUGGUAUUUUUAAUCACAUUUUUUUCAUUUGAUCAAAUGUUACAAAAUUAAAUGACCAUGCUGGUUCAUAUAGGCAGCAUUUAGUACAACAAUAAUGUAAACACAUGCAGCAUUAUACAAUAGACUGGAAUUCUUUUUAUUUUAUGCUAAUGUUAUAUCAUCUUGUUUUGCACCAUCACUUCAUCAAGGUGCAGCUACUACAUAUGAGGAAAUCUGUUGUAUGAGUAUGUAAUAUGAGAAAAAAUAAAAAUUCAGCUUGUUUUCCUUUUAGGACAAAUAAAGCAAAAUACUGGG